AUGCUUUUGGAAGGCAGAGUGAUGAAGAAGAAAGAAGAAUUUAGAGCAAGCAGAAUUUGGCAAAAUGACAAUGCUAUACGUGUAGCAGAGGAACGUUCUAUUCCUUCAGACUCUCUCACUUGCUUACAACCUCACGCACAUAGUGUGAGGGAAUAUAUGACCGUUAGGCUUAAUAGCUGGAUCCUUUACACAUCAAAGAGAUCUCAACCGUUCCUUUAG